UCCGAGUACGAGCGUCACAUCUCAACGUCGCUGUUGGGAAAGGGGGUGAUUGACUGAGGAGAGGACAGAGCGCAGGACAAGUACGAUUAUCUGUCUUAUAAAGAGACAAGAAGGCGACACAACACGGACUGGAGCUGGACGAGGAGACGCAGUCUGCAGGAUUAUAACCCUGUGCUUACUUUACAUAAAUAAUAAUUAAAAAAGGGACUUUAAAACCCUCAGAUCUGCUGUGCAACAGGUUUUAACACUGGAUUUUAUGAAUAAUGGAUGAGCUUCAGGACUUUUUAUCAACUUUUAAUAUUUUUGUUUACUAAUAUGGAUUUAUAACAGUCAUUUUUGCCGGAGUACGCACUGUUGGAGCAUUUUUACGCACAGCCCUCUCGUGUUUGGAGGACUCUGCAAACUGGGAACAUUUUGUGCGCUUCCAUACAUAUCCAGGUUGCCCAAUUUUCUCCAGUGUAUCACAUCUCGCCUGUGGCUGUACCCGUUAAUAGCAACACAGAUCGCCUAACACAAACUGACACUAGGUGCCUCCUAAACACGUGCCGCUGCCGUUUCUCCCAUCUGUUGUUGGAAAAAGUUGCACAACUCUGGGCGACAACAUCACCCACCGCCCUAAAAUGCUGCCUCUACCCCCGCUGUUGCUCAUCGUUUUCCCCGCUGCGCUCUUCGUGGCCGCGCAAGGCGCCGGGGACCUCCACGGUUUCAGCUUCCCCGGUGGGAGCGCGGGGUUCGACCCAACAGACCCCUGCAUGGUCGUGUCUCCACCAUGUAUGAGCGAGGCGGAUCGCUUCAGCCUGGAGGCCCUGCGGAGCAUCCAUCAGAUGAUGGACGACGACCAAGAUGGAGGGAUCGAGGUGGAGGAGAGUGUAGAGUUUAUCAUUGAAGACAUGAAGCAGCAGCAGACGAACAAACACAGCAACCUGCACAGAGAAGACCAGCACAUCACAGUCGAGGAGCUCUGGAGGGGCUGGAAGUCAUCUGAAGUACAUAAUUGGACUCAAGAUGCGGUUCUUCGCUGGCUGAAGGAUUUUGUUGAGCUGCCACAGUACGAGAGGAACUUCAAGGAGUUCAAGGUCAAUGGAAACACACUUCCCAGGAUUGCAGCUAAUGAGCCUUCAUUCCUGAGUGGCCAUCUGAGGGUUCAGGACCAGAGAGACAAGCAGAAGCUCAACAUCAAAGCUCUGGAUGUUGUUCUGUUUGGACCACCUACACGCCCCCCACAUAACUACAUGAAGGACCUGCUGCUAAUUGUAUCCGUGGUGAUGGGAGUUGGAGGUUGCUGGUUUGCUCAGGCCCAGAACAAAGCCAGUAAGAUUCACAUUAGCAGGAUGAUGAAAGAUUUGGAAAGUCUGCAGAGGGCUGAACAGAGCCUCAUAGAUCUGCAGGAACAACUUGAGCGUGCCCAGGAAGAGAAACGUAACGUCGCGGAGGAGAAACAGAAUCUGGAGGAGAAGAUGAGGGACGAGAUUAUGGGGGCACAGGAGGAGGCUCACCGUCUGCAUGAGCUGAGGCAGGGAGCUGUCAGCGAGCUCAGCCGCCUUAGAUAUGCAGAGGAAGAGUUGGAGCAGGUCCUCGGAGCACUGAAGCAGGCAGAGAAAGACAUGCAUGCUAGCUGGACCGCCUCAGAGGCCCUCCAGCAGUGGCUGCAAAUGACACAUGAAGUAGAGGUCCAGUACUACAAUGUCAAGAAGCAGAGUGCAGUACUACAGCUUGCCGCUGCCAAGGAAGAGGCAGAGAAGAUUAAGAAGAAGAGGAGUUCUGUGCUAGGCACUCUCCAUGUCGCCCACAGCUCUUCUCUAGACCAAGUUGACCACAAGAUCCUGGAGGCAAAAAAUUCCUUGUCUGAAGUGACGGGCUGCCUACGGGAGCGCCUCAAUCGCUGGCAGCAGAUUGAGCGCCUCUGUGGCUUCCCCAUCAUUAGGAAUCCUGGCCUCGCUCAGCUCACUGCUCAGCUCUACUCGGACUCAGUUGCCCUCGGGUUGCCCCGAGUGUCCCAGCCAUCUUGUUCAUGCCACAGCUCCGUCCAUGGGUCUAUAGAGGAUCUGUUAGAAGAGCCUGCUCCUCCAAUCUUACCACAGAUGCCAGUUCCAGUUCCAGUUCCACCACUGAAGCGCUCUCCUCGAACACAGGGAUCCACCAUAUGCCGGUCACGUCGUCCUGGCGUUGUUACUCAGCCACCAGCUGGCAUGAUUUCCCAGGACCCCGACCUUCUCAUACCUAUCCGAGCCCCAUACCCUUGCUUUGAUGAGGAAGAUCGCUUCCUGAAAACUCUGAAGAAACAAGACUCCCAAGAGAUGUUUUCAGACACAGAAUAUAUGACUUCACCUCCUCUCAGCAAAAUGUUCCCAUGUCCCACAAUUGACACUCCAUCUCAAAAGUUCUAUCAUGAUGAAACGGAACUGCUUUCAGACAGCUCCAUUGCAAAACCUUUGACUAAAGAAGUAGAAGCUGUUGUUGAAUCUCCAAUUCGCAAAAUCUCUGUACAAGAACUUGAAGCUUCUACUUCUUUGGAGAUCCCAUCUUUGAAGUUGCCCAAAGAAGAGUCUUUGCUAGAGGUUACUUCAAGGAAGAUAUCCAGAGACAGGAGUGAAGGUCCCAUCAAUGUUGCAGUUAGAAAGGGGCUUACUAAUGAGCUGGACACAGACCUUCUUGCCAGGAAAGUUGAGAGAGAUACAAUAGGGGAUCUGAUGGACACUGCUUCAAGGAAUGUAUACAGAGAGAGAAGUGAUUUACCUAUGGAUGUAAGAAAGAUUCUUUGGAAUGAAAUAGAAACACCAACAAAGGUGGCACCUAAGAAGAUAACAAGAGAUAUGAUGGGGAUGUCAAUGGACAGUGUCUCAAGAAAGAUGAUACGAGAUGAUGUUGGGCAUGUGUUGGACUCGGUAUCCAAGAGGAUUACAAGAGAUUCAAUGGGAAAGUCCUUCGAUACAAGUUCAAGAAAGAUUCCAUGGAAUAAAGGAGAAUAUCAGCUUGAGUCGCUUGAGUCGACUAGAACACCACCAAGAAAGAUAUCCAGAGAUGAGCUGGAGUAUUGUACAGACACUUCUUCCAUUAGGAUGUCACCAAGAGAGAAAUAUGAACUACUUAUGGAUACCGCAUCGUCUACAGAGAAGCAAGAGUUUAGUUUAGAACCACCAGCAAGUAGGAGAAUAUUGAGAGAUGAACUUGAUAUAUCUGGUGAUUCUCUCAGAAGGAGAAUACCAAGAAUGGUAAGAGAAGACGAUUCCGCAGACACUUCUAUGGGAAAAAUCCCUUGGGAUAGAGUUGAAGCUUCAAUGGAAAUACCUAAACAAUCUAUACGGAGGGAGGAAUUGGAAGCAUUGGAAAGUUCAUCUCCAGGUCGAAUUGGGCAGCCAGACCUUAUGGUAACCACCCAUGGGCCAUGGAAGUCAUCAUCAGACCUUUUCACUGUUGGUCCAUUGAGCCAGCUUGUUUAUGAUGGAAUCCUUGAGAAGUCCUGCAGCUCCAUGGCUACAGCAUCAUCUAGCCUCUCAGCCUCAACACCAAACCUACCACAGAGCAGGCUUUUAGUGGAAGUAGAGCCACAGAUGCCACCACCACGGAUUGUCGCCCCAUCUCCUGCACUGCCCAGUGAGAAGCAUAAGGAAAAGAACAAGAAAUCCUUAAAGCUCAAAAAUCUUUUCAAAAGGAAAAAUGAGUCAAGUCCAGAGAAGCUUGAAAGUGGUCUUCAGAAACUCUGACUAUGAGCUUGGAAUGUUUGCCAUUUUCUUUUUAACAUUUUAUUGAACCAAAGAAGGGACUUUGACCUUACUGUAGAUAUGGUGCAAAGACAAAGUUUUAGAAAGCAUGAGAUCACCUAAAGCUGGAAGUGUCCAGAAUAACAAAAUUGAGUAAGAGAAACAUAAAGAUAUAUCAAUGUUUCCAUUCUCUGUCUUAAAAGCACUGGCAGUUAAAAAGUGCAGUACAUUUGGGUUGAAGCUGAUUUAUUUUCUAUUAAGUCUUAUGUAGACGUCGAAGCAGUUUAGACCAUACAUUAUUUUGGACACAUAUUUUUUUGAGGACUUGCCUAUGAAAGAUUAAAUGAUGUUAAUACUGAUGCUGCUCCUCUGUGUUUGAAGUCAAACAUCGAUGAAGUAAUUGCCUGCAGUUAAAAAUGAAUGUAUUCUUAUUUUCUGAGAAAAAAUGUUUUUCACUUCUUGUGAUGUCCUAAUCUCAGUCUUUACCCUGGAUGCUGAUUCGAGUUCUUUAACAGUCUUAUUAACGUUUUAACACAACAAUUUAAAGGUCCUAAAAAAAGAUUCUGUCAAUAAGAUUCUUGGAAAAAUGUAAUGUCACAUAUUUCUAUGCACCAAUCAUGAUUUAGCAAUAUUUGAAUCUUGAGUUUUUAGGGUCAGGUUUUUAAUAAAUAAUACUAAAGGGUGUAUUUUUUUCUUCUUAAUUUUCCAUCUGACUGCUGCUUAUUUAGUCUUGACUUUUAUUUUUUCUUUACUCAGGAUUGACCUAGGAAGUUUUCAGGGUCCUUAAAUACGUUUAUGUGUCAGCUGAGUAAGUCUGCACAAGAAAAAUAAAGCUUGCAGCAAAGAAUGAUUAAUUUUAUAAGCAAAAAUAAAUCUUUUUUUAAAAUGUUUUCAUGUUAUAUUUUGUAUAGAAAUGUAAUAAGUAAUAAUGUUUUGUAUAUUCAUGGAAAUGAGGGGCGUCAGUGUGGAUUUUCUUUAAGCAGGAAGCUUUGGACAGGUUUUUAAAAAAGAUUUUAACCUCCGAUAAAGUUGGUAAUCAACGUCAGCACUUUCAAGGUGUGGUUCACCUGCAAAAUGCUGCACAAAAAAUACACAUAUAUUUGUAAUGACAGUAUUCCCUGAUGAACAUGCUGUUAGAAUUGAAAUUGCUGUUUGCUUUUUGGUACUUGUGGGUACCUUAAUCUCGAUCUCUCGUGUUUUCAUGAAGUGCAGUGAGGCAUUUUUAAUACAUGGAACAAACAAACAGGUUUGGAAAUGGGUCAGACUCAACAUAAUACUGAUCCGUUUAAACUGAUCCUGUUCCUGUGGAUUGGGACAACCCAAGUUUUAUUGAAAACGUUCUGCUUUAGUUUGCUAAAUGUUCAUGAACAGUUUGCUUGCAAGCUGUUAUUUAUUUAUUUUUCAAACCCGUGUGCAUUUAAAUGCAUUUUCUAAAAAAAAAGCUUGAAUUGUUGAGGUUUAUGGAGGAUUUAUGCGUCUUUUAUUGUUUACAAGUAUGAAGUCAGCAUCUUAAGUAGUUUAUUUGAAUUACUUGAUUUAAAGAGUGCUUGUCAAAAGAAGUUUUUUCACGUCAUUAAUGUCUUUGUUCCAGUGUCAAGUGUAAGGAAUAUAUGAAUAAAUAAAUUGUAAAUAUGAAUUUAUGGGCUG